GGGCCCCCCCCCCCCAACUCUACAGAGGAGGAAACUGAGGAAGCAGGGGGAGGGGCGAAGGGCCUCCCUGUUGCACACGGGAGCCUGAGCUUUUUCCGCUGAGACCUCUAAGUUUCAAAACAGGGGUCCUGGAGUGACGAAAACUCCCGAGAGCAGCCGCCGCCUCCCCCCAGCUGACCUCGGGCCUUGCCCUCUUUGGGCCCGUCCCAGGGCCUCCGUGGGGUCAGGCAGGGAAUCUGGGAAGCACCAAGCCGACUGACCAGGUCCUGCCUCUUGGGAGCUUCCAAGGUAGGAGGCCUGGUUGUUGAGGCAAUGUUGGUGACAGCGGACCCAACCUAAGGAAGUCUGGGAUCCCGGAAGGAGUGAAGUCUCUUGGGAUUCGUCCUUCUCAACUUGGUUUUCACUCUUGAGGAGCCAGGCCAGCUUGCCCACUAGGAUGUCCUGUCUCUCUCAGAAGUUCGAAGGCUUUCUGCAGCCUGACUUCCGGACAUUCGCUGUGGAUCCCCAGAUCACCUCCCUAGAUGUGCUACACCACAUCUUGAUGCGGACCUUCGACCUGAGUGGGAAGAAGCACUUUGGUAUCAGUUACCUGGGCCGAGAGAAAUUGGGUCCUGAGGCCUACAUCCCACUGACCUCGGAGGGAGAUCUGAGUGCCGCAUUCAACAGUGCCUCCCAGCCCUACCUACAGCUUCGAGUGGACGUCAGGCCUUUGGAAGAUAUAUCCUUCCGCCAUCAUACAGACAACGUGCCUCAUUUAGGUCCCCUCUUGGAAGAUUGGGACAUCAUUAGUCCCAAGGACGUCAUUGGCACCGACCUGCUGCCUGUAGAGAAGCGUUCCCUGACGGCUGUGGCUCUGCCUUUCACACAGUCCAUCAUCUCUCAGGUGGGUCGGACCCUCUCCAAGGUCCAGCAGGUCCUGAGCUGGUCCUACAGGGAAGAUGUCAGACGUUUUAAGCCCCCACUCAGUGAUGCUGAGUUUCACACCUACCUGAAUCGGGAGGGCCAGCUGUGCCGGCCUGAAGAGCUGCGGCUGCGGAUUUACCACGGAGGAGUGGAGCCUUCCCUCCGCAAGGUGGUAUGGCGAUACCUGCUGAAUGUGUACCCUGAUGGGCUGACGGGCCAAGAGCGUAUGGAUUACAUGAAACGGAAGACACUGGAAUACAACCAGCUGAAGAGUGAGUGGCACCAGCGCGCCAGUGCUGAGGACUUGGAGUUCAUCCGGAGCAGCGUUCUCAAGGACGUGCUGCGUACAGACCGGGCUCACCCCUACUAUGCCGGUCCCGAGGACAACCCCCACCUCAUUGCUCUGCACGAUUUGCUCACCACGUACGCGGUCACUCACCCCCAGAUUUCUUACUGCCAGGGCAUGAGUGACAUUGCCUCUCCCAUCCUGGCCGUCAUGGAUAACGAAGGCCAUGCUUUUAUCUGCUUCUGUGGUAUCAUGAAGCGUCUGGAGGCCAACUUCCGCGUAGAUGGAGAGGCCAUGUCCAUCAAGUUCUCCCACCUGAAGCUCCUGCUGCAGCAUUCAGACCCAGAAUUCUAUAGCUACCUCCUCUCCACUGGGGCUGACGACCUCUUCUUUUGCUACCGUUGGCUGUUGCUUGAGCUCAAGCGGGAGUUUGCCUUUGAAGAUGCUUUGAGGAUGCUGGAGGUAACUUGGAGCUCCUUGCCCCCAGACCCACCUGAAAAAGAGGUAGAGCUUGUGGGCUUUCCUGCCCCGGCCAGAGAUGGCGAGCAGCCCGUCCGCCAGAGGCACAUGCUGAGGCCCACAUACUAUGGCUUGGACAAGGCUGGAGACAAGGUGCUGCACGCAAGGGGAGAGAAGAAGGAAGAAAGCCUGGGAACGGAGGAGAGUGAGGAGGUGGGCCUUCGGAAGAGGCCCUUGGCCAGACAGGCCAGUGUUGGGGAACAUGAGCCUUACAGGGCCCAGGCUGGGGAGGACAUGCAGUGGGGCAUCCCCCACCAGCUACUGGAGCAGCUGCCAGUGGAGGAGGGCGACGGGACGGCCGACGUCCUCGUUCCACUGGCGCUGCCUCUUCAUAUGACCAAGUCCUUCUCGGCUCCUUCCCUGAGGCCUUUGAUGGUGCCGCCUUCCCCUUCGGCAGCCCGAUCCCCUUUGUCCACAGAGCCCAACCGGGCAGAGGAGAGUAACGGCGCCCGGACCCCUUCUGACAAGGGUGGCUCUCUGGGGAAAAGCCUGUCCUCGCCCUGCUCAUCUUCGCUUCUGCCGCCACCGCCACCAGCUGGGGCAGCUGUGAGCCUCCCGCCGCCCCAGGAGUUUGGCCGGGGAAACCCGUUCAUGCUGUUCUUGUGCUUAGCUCUCCUGCUUGAGCACCGGGACCACAUCAUGAAGCGGAGUAUGGACUACAAUGAGCUGGCCAUGCACUUUGACCGCCUGGUGCGCAGGCAUCACCUUGGGAAGGCCCUGCACCGGGCUAAGACACUGUUCGCUGACUACUUGCAGUCUGAGAUGUGGGACUCCGAGGAAGGCGACGAGGCUGCAGCGGACUCUCCCCCUCCUGCCGCCGCCGCCGCCGCCAUGGCCGCAACCUCCUAACCCCAGGAGUCUCCCCUUCUCCCUUCCCCCUUCCCCCUCUCCAUCCUAUCUGUGCCAGCUGCUCCCAAGAAAGGGUGGAACAAACCGCCAGCUACCUCCCUCUGCCUCUGCCUCUGCCUCUGCCUCUGGCUCUGCGUUCCCCUUCUCUGCCUGCCUCCCACGGAACGUGGCAUGGUUAGCCCUUGGUCUACGGGCCAGCGGUUCUCGAGGCCUCCACACAGAGAGCCCAGUUUCCUUCUGUUGGUCACUCUGAGUUGAGAGGCCUUUCCCAUUGCUUCUGAAUGCAGCCUCUAGGUCCCCUCUUUGUUUUGAGGGGCAUUUGGUUCAGGGUAUUUCAAAGCCGUUCUUUUAAGCCAGCAGACACUCUUGGGUAGUGGCUUUCCUGAGCCCUGUAUCUCUGUUUACAUUCUUACCCGAAUGUAAACUGUUUACAUUCUCACUUUUAUUGAGUGAAACAGGGUUGGCUUGCCCACAUCACAGUGAUGGGAGAUUUGGGCAGAAUGGCUCCUGGGGGCUGGAUACGUGACGUCCAAGGGAAGCAGGAAUGAGGGGUGCCACCCUUCAGCUCCCAAGCUCAGAGGCCUGUAUCUGAUGGGGAAGCCUUGAGGUGGGUUCUCAGGGUGCUGCCCCCCCCCCCCCAGAUGCAAUUACUAUGGCUGCUUGUCCCAUCCACUGGGGAGGUGAGGGAGCUACCGCCAGGCAUUCCCAGGAAUCAGCUGCUUUAUUGUGUGAACAAUAAACACCUGCCAACUUCCAA